GGAACUUCGAUGCAGCCUCGGCGCAACAUUCCUUGUAUCUCUGAAUCUGGGCAUGGGAACGAUGUGAUAAUACUCAUUCAAAGGCCUUGAUUCUACGGAGUGUACGGGACUAUGGAGACCCAAGAAGAUAGCAUCGAUAUCGCGAGGCUGCAGCGCGUCGCGUUGGGCCAGGAAUCUUUACAGUCGCAAUCAAUGACAGAGAAGUCUGUAUUGAUUGAUCAAGACGACGGUCGACAAGGACUUCAACAGCAAUUGCCGACCGACGACGGACAGGGUGCGCAGAUAUCCUCCGAACCUGUGUCAACUGCUUCGUCAUCCAGUAUAGCACAGAAUGGCACCAGUGUGAGCUCAUCAAAGCUACCCUCUUUCGAAGACCGCCCCAGCAGCCGCGCGGCGACUCAGCUGGGUAAGAUGGGCUCCACAGAAACGCUCCCGUCGGAUACCCAGUUGAUCUCCCAGCGCGUGUACGAUGAGAUCAUUCGCAAAAACCAGGAAGACGGCCCUGUCGUGAACCACGACAUUAAUUUUGGGGAUCAAGCUACACUUAUGACCCUGCAUGAAGGGGACAGCGGCCAUCUCGACCUAUUGGCGGGUUACGACAACGUUAAUGCAGAACUGGUCAACAUUGACGAUAAUGAUGACCGGAGCAGCUCCAAACUAGGGGAGUCAUCGCCUGCGCAUUAUCAGUCAAAUUUGUUUCCCGAAUCGCAGCGAUUCGUGAUGAAGACACCUGCGACUGCUGUGAAGCGGGCUCAUUCAGACGGCCUUGCUACCAUUUCGCCCACUGUCUCACGGAACCCUCUUGCGACGGAGAUUGGGUCGAGUGGUGGGAUCAUGGCUUUAAGCCAAGUGUUCAGGGCUACCCAGGCACCUUCCUCCCCGCUAGUCAAUCGCCAGCAACAUUCUGAUCUUGUAUCGGACCGGCCCUCACCCAACAUCCCGAUUCAGAAACACCCUCUCGCCGCAAAUCUGUCAUCCCCGUACGAUCGAAUGGCGGCAACCUUCCCGCGGGACUCUUCAGCGCACAAGCUCAAAUAUAUCUCUAUGCAGGAAUCUCAGGCGAAUCGUGAUAAACUGUUGAAUGAGAGGAUGACCCGUUCGGCGGAUCCUGUGUUCCCCGGUGACCCAAGCGAUGACGACUUUGGCAAGGAGCCUAGCUUUGUCGAACGCAUGAGGCGGCACCGCACGAUAAACGAGGAGAUAGCACCCCAGCUUGCAGGUCUUACGGCACCUGCAAGGUCGGAGGGUAGCCGAAGCAGACAAGCUAGUAAGGGCUCGUUGUCACCACCAGGGGACUUGGGUCUGCAAGUUUGGAACGAUCAGUCUAUUGCAGAGAACGAUGGUGAGCAGAGGGCAGCCGCAGAUUCCACUGUCCCGCAGCGGGGUGGCUCGAGCAAAGAAGAGACUGAACAAGAGCAAGAAGACAAUAGGGAUCAGUCCAUCCCACCAUCCACGGAGCAUAUUCCUGCGACAGAGGAAGACAAAGAAAACUGUCUUGAUCUAGCAGCAACGCCUGUUGCCGCCACCACUAGCGCACAUGAUCGUCUUUCGCAGGCCCUCGCCUUUGAUGGUAGUACUUCACCCGCUCAUGGAAGCCCAGAAAAGCAACAGCUUCAGCCACACCUAGCUCACAACAUCGCUCACUUGGACGAGCCCUAUGAGCACGGCAGGUCGUCACAGAUAUCAAUCGUCAAAGAUUCUCAGCGCUCUCCUAGGCAGAGGGAAGCCGACGCAGAAGUCGAGACGAACCGCAGCCGAAGAACAUCACAUUGUCCGGACUCUCAGGUUCAGAUCGAUCCUACAUCGGACAUUGACAGGAUCAUGUCGUCGCCCACGAAGCAAGUCCGCUUGCAGUCUUCCCCGCCCGCUGAAUCGCGUCGUCUUCAACUGUCUUUUGAACGGGGUGAAGUCCAGGAUAUAAAUGUUGGCGAAUCGAUAUCCGGCUGGCCCCAGCGCUCUCCCACACCGAAAGCCACGCAGCCUCUAGAGGGCAGCUUACUAGAUUCGAGUAAUACAGUGUCUCAGCAGCCCAGAGUUGUAGGUGACAAGCCUUCAACCUUUGAUUUUCGGGGUAAAUCAUCGUCGAUGCCCUCUCGCGUGGCUGAAACCCCAGUUCCCCCUAUGGACCUUGCGGAUGCGGUGCCAACGACCAGCAUUCCGGAGACCAGUCCCAACCGACUGGGAAACCAAGGAUGGCCCAACGACAUGAACAAUAACGAGACAGCGGAUCAAGAAGACGAUGAUCUCCCGCCGGUUUAUCAAGCCGCGCAUGAACGGGCAUCGUAUUCGCAUCGGGUCGUCUUGAACAGCUCCUCGCCUUCGAAGCCAUCCUUGACCUCAAUUUCGAAGCUCCUAUCAAGCCCGAGUGGGAGGCAACGGAGGGCACUUACGGAGAUUGCUGCUGAUGCCUCACCGAAAGGAGGGACUGGGGCUUUCAACCCAGACAUUGAUAUUAUGUCAGCCGAGGACUGGGAGUUCAAAGCUGCAGUUGCCAGGCAUCAAGACUCGCCGAGGAAGAAACGCCGAGGCAACAACGGACAGGGUGUCAUUGCUUCUGAUCCUAUUCUUCCGGGGACUCCCCGUCUUACCAGUCGGUUUGUACCUCUUCAACCUGUUUCCGAAGAUCUUGUUGAACCUGCGAGGACGAGAACCGUGACUGAGGUGCAGAUGGACAUGCAGCCGGACGCACAGCAGGAAAAUUUGCAGAGCAAAGCAGCGAAGGCUUAUCAGAGACGCUCUAGACCUCCUCGGAGCGCGGACAGUGUGUGGGAUAUGGACGAUUCUCCUCCGCGAACCUUCGUUCCGCGCAAACACCGGUCACGAUUGCUGUCUCGUUCACGACUGUUGAAUCGACAAAGGUCUGUAGAGACUGAGCGAGGCGGAUCACCGAGCAAGGAGCAGUCGGGGAUUGCGCAGCAACGCCAAGCAAUCAGCCCUAUGCCUGAGGAACCACGCAGCGAUAUCAUCAUUCAAGAUCCGAUAGAGACGCCGGCCACGGGCAGUCCUGCCACGGAUAAUGUGCCUACUGUCGGACCGGCCAUGCCGUCGUUGACUGAGGAAGUCCCAGUCGCAGCAAACCAGGUCUUCGCUCCCUGGUGUGGAACAAAGCGUGCGUACUAUCCGGCAACGUGUUUUGGCAAGCCAUUCGGAACGUCGCAGUCUCGGUAUCGGGUAAAGUUCGAAGACAGUGCACCUGUGGACAUUCCAAUGGGAGCUGUCAAGAGAUUGGAACUCCGUCCCGGCGAUGCCGUAAAAGUGGACAUGCCGAACGUGCCCAAGGUCACGCAUGUUAUUCGGAGCUUUGUCCGCAAGCUGAGCAUAGACGAGAUUGAACAGGGCGCCGCGAACGGGGUGAUUCCCAUGACGGAUAUCUAUGGCUAUUCAGCUGUGAUGGUAGGCCCCAAGCAGCGCAAGAGUCUUCCCAAUGCCGGCUUGGCCGUCACUGAGAGCCUCAUUGAAGUGCCAAUCUCCAAGAUCUACCUCGACACAAUUUUGUGGAACCAACUCAAAGAUCGCUCCUUCACCUAUAUCUCCGAACCAGUGUUUCUUGAGCGCGGCGCUCCAACACCAUCGGAGAGAAUUUCCACGCCUAUCUCCUCUCCUGGUGCGCGCCUGUCACGCAGCAUCCGCUUCUCAAAUGGUUUGUUCGCCGGAAUGGUCUUUGCUGUCUCUUUUGGCGACAACAACGAGGCCAAGGCUCGCGUGGUAAGAAUGAUACUAGAAAACGACGGGCGCAUCUUAGAAGAUGGAUUCAACGAGCUUUUCGAUCUACCGCUGAACGCCCCCGUCGCCACUCCCACCAAGCAGCCACCCACGGAAUCGAACACACAGCAUGACCUCCUCCAGCUCAGCAGCAGCGCCGCAGACGUAGGCUUUGCCUGCUUGAUCGCAGACAGACAUUCUCGCCGAUCAAAGUACAUGCAGGCUCUAGCGCUUAACCUCCCAUGUCUCUCAGACCGCUGGAUUGAAGACUGCGUCGCGCGAGGCCGGAUCAUCGACUGGGAGAUAUACCUCCUCCCCGCCGGAGAAUCCACAUACCUCAACGGAGCGACCAAAUCACGAAUCCUAACGCCGUACCCGGCCACCGAGGCACGACUCUCGGAGACCAUCGCCGGAAGACCUAAUCUCCUGAACGGGCAGUCCGUUCUCCUAGUCACAGGACGCAGUGGCCGCAUCGACGAGGAGCGACGCAAGGCCUACCUAUUCCUGACCUAUGCUCUCGGGGCCUCGCGGAUCGAGCGUGUCUCAGACUUGAAGUCUGCUCGAGCCAUCCUAAACGCACAGACUGAGGACGGGCCCGUCCGCAAGCGCAGCUGGGAUUGGAUCUACAUCGAUGACGAUGACAAAGCAUCUGCGAGAGCGAUGGCCCUGAGCUCGGCGGGAGUGUCUGGCGCUGGCCCUAACUCGCGCAAACGGAAGCGGACCAAGCUCAUGGAGUCGGUAACUGGCGACGAUCUUGGGUUGAGCACGAAUGUCAGGAUUGUGGGCAAUGAGUUCGUCUGCCAAAGCUUGAUUCUGGGUCGAUUGUUUGACCAGUGAAAUGAUGACUGUUCUCGUGGCAUGUGAUAUGUCUGGGAUAUGACUUUUCCAAACCGCGUUGGCUAUUCUCGGGGGUUUUCAGGGAUAGAGGGGAUUUGAAAACUUCGCUUUGGGCGGCGUAUUUCGGGCUUCUUCCUUUUGUGUUUCGGGGCUCAUGAUCAAAACUUUCUCUUCUGCGGGAUGAUAGGAGUAUUUAAAGUGCAUAUACCCUUCUUUGUGAGAAUUUUAGCU